UCCACAUUCUAAUGAGGCCACGGCGAUGCUGACAUCCCCUCUGAAUCCAAAGAAGUCAUCAUGCUGAAGACGGAGGCCUCGGGGGAGAGGACCGGCCUCCGGAGUGCCUCCCCCCACCGUAAUGCCUACCGGGCUGAGUUUCAGGCACUCAAGAAGGCCUUUGACCAGCCUCGGAUAGAUGGAGACUCCAAGCCCAAAGACGUAGAACGUGUGAAGCAGCCAAGGGGCCGCCAGUAUGGGGGCCAUGUCAGUCGCAUUAAGGACAUGUUCAUGCAGAUGGGCUCAGAAAGUGUGCCGGCUAAGGCAAAAGUUUGUGAAGAGUCCUCGCCGCAGAAGCUGGUCAAGCCCACCAACUUCAUCAACAAGGCUGAUGGAUCAGUGAUAAAACUCCAGCAUUCCUCAUCAACUGACAGGGUCGGAGGUGCUGGAGCAAAGUUCUCUGAAACCAGGAAGCUGUUUGAGCAGCACUCACGUGACCAGUCCCAAUCACCAGUCUUCCCAUACGGACGUGAUAAACGGGGUUCCCAUGAGCACCUGGAUGACUGGCGAGGCACUAGGUCUAAUCGAGGCAGCACUGACUCCUUGGACUCACUUUGCUCCAGAACAGAGGCAUCCUCCCCAACUGUCAGUCAACUGAGUGCGGUUUUUGAAAAUGCAGACCACCCCAACCAUGGUGCGGCCUACAAAGGCGUCAGCAGACGAGCCCUCUACUCACCAGACGGGUACCAACGCCCUGGAGGUGAUGUCAGCGAAGAUGACUCAAGACAAUCUCCGGUUCGUGGGAGCUACCAGAGCAGGACAGAUGGGAAGUUUCCCACAUCCUCGUCUUCUGAUGACCUUCUGAGCGCCAGUCCUGGGACGGAGACUGGGACGGAGCUGAAACCACUACAACAAGAGGAGGAAGCCCAAGACAAAGCAGACAAGUUUGAGCCUACUGGCAGAGAUAGGCGGCGUCUUUGUGAUGUCACCACCAACGGAGGCCAGGUGAACGGUUCAUGUGAAGAAGAGGAGAAACCUUCAGAAACAAGAAAACAUAUUGAGGAUCUAGGGGUGUCCAAAGCUUCAAAACCUAGAGAUGAUGACGUGAUUACCAACAAAGCUUUUGAAGAUGCAACCCCUGAGCCAUUACCGACCCCAAAUACACCAGCUGGGGAAAGCCAGGAGGAUGGGGACGGUUCAAGAGAAGACAAGUCCUCUGAGUCUCCCAAGGACCAGGUGGAAGAACCUGAUGAGGAAUACACUGGGAAUGAGCGGGUGUUUUUUAACGCAGACGGGGACGCCUGUUACCAGGGUUGGGGGGAGAGCUGCACGGAUCCUGAGGAUGACCUCUACGGAGACGAUGAGGAUAUUGUCUACGACCCGGGCUCCGAUCUGACAGAGAUCCCCGGUCUGCCAGGCGAAAACAAAGACGACGUGCCUCCAAAGAGGAAGAUUCGUUUCAGCACUGCCCCCAUCACAGUGUUCAACACCUAUUCCAACGAGGACUAUGACCGUCGUAACGAGGAGGUUGAUCCUGUGGCCUCCUCCGCAGAGUACGAGCUAGAGAAGAGGGUGGAGAAACUGGAGCUCUUCCCUGUGGAGCUGGAAAAAGAUGAAGAUGGCCUGGGGAUCAGUAUCAUCGGGAUGGGUGUCGGCGCUGACGCAGGCCUGGAGAAGCUUGGUAUCUUCGUCAAGACAGUCAUCGAGGGUGGAGCUGCUGAGAGAGACUCCAGGAUCAAGGUGAAUGACCAGAUCGUGGAGGUGGAUGGGACCAGUCUGGUGGGCGUCACCCAGAGCUUCGCCGCUUCCGUCCUCCGGAAUACAUCGGGAGUCGUCAGGUUUGUGAUUGGACGAGAGCGUCCGGGCCAGCAGAGUGAGGUUGCCACGCUCAUCCAGCAGACCCUGGAGCAAGAGAGGAGACAGAGAGAGCUGCUGGAGCAGCAGUACGCCCACUAUGAUGCUGAUGAUGACGAGCAGACAGGAGAGUACGCCACAGAUGAAGAGGAUGCCGGGACAACGGUCGCAGGAGAAGACAAAAACAUCGAGGUGUUCGAUUUGCCAGAGUCAGAGGACACCUUGUCUCCCUCAGAGUUGGACGCCAACAAACUCUACCAGAAGUUCAGAGAGCUCCAGAUCAAACACACUGUGACCGAGGCCGAGAUCCAGAAGCUCAAAAACAAGUUGACGUCAGUGGAGAGGGAGAAGCAGCGCUGGGAGAAGGAGAAGAGUCAGCUGAAGGCCAGCAUCGAGGAGAACAAGGAGAGGAUGCUGAAGCUGGAGAGCUACUGGAUCGAAGCGCAGACCCUCUGCCACACUGUCAACGAACACCUGAAGGAGGCCCAGGCUCAGUACCAAACUCUGGAGAAGAAGUACAACAAGGCCAAGAAACUCAUCAAAGACUUCCAGCAGAAAGAGGUGGAGUUUAUACAGAAGGAGGAUGCAGAGAGGAGGCGGCUGGAGGAGUCUGAGAAAGCUCACCUGGCUGAGAUCCAGGGACUGCAAGUCAGGAUUGCAACAUUAGAGUCCGAGCUAAUGAUGCUGAUGAAGCAGAACGGCAUCCAGGUCAACAACAACAACAGCAACAGUGCCGAGAGACUCAGCGCUCAGCAGCAAAGCCCCAAAAGGGCUGCAGCACAAGCCAGAGACCUGAGGGAGGUUUCUCAUUCACCCAGCAAAAAGAAGAGUUAUGGUGGGGUCUUCCGAGACAGCAUCAGCUCCACAGAGGGAGAGGUCUCAGAGGGACAUGGCAGUCCAGCCCACAGUCGGCCCGGUUCGAUCCGUAGUGUGGCCUCCUCUGAGGGAGCAGCUUCAGUCCUCAGGGCACCUGGCAGCGCAGAAAGCUCCCCCAGAUCAACACUGCACCGGUCGUCCACUGCAGGUUCUCAGUCUCCUGCGAUGUCGAGCCCGUCUCACUGUGCUGAGGAACACAGGCAAGCUCCGGACUCUGGCUCCACAGAGCCGUCAGCAGAGGACAGUCCAGAGAAACUCAAGGUCAAGGGACCCUCUCUGAACGAUGCUCUGAGUGCCAGCAGCAGCAGCAGCUCAGUGGAGAUCAGCGGCCUGCAGAGUGAAGCCAAGAUGUCGGGACACACACUGGCGCCCUCGUCAGAUGAGAGUCUGGAUAUGAUAGAUGAUGAGAUCCUAGAUGAGGGACAGCUUCAGAAGCAGUGUCAGUGGCAGAACCGCAGCAUCACAGAGUGGACCUCCCAGCAAGUGGCCCGCUGGCUAAUGGGCCUCAACUUAGAACAACACAUCCCAGAAUUCACUGCCAAAAACAUUGAUGGAGAACAGCUGCUACAGCUGGAGAGUGCUGACCUCAAGGUCCUUGGAGUUUCUUCUUCCCAGGACCGUGCCCUGAUCAAGAAAAAGAUCAAAGACCUUAAAGUUCUGAUGGAGAAAGCCAAGAGGAACCGAGAGAAAGUUGAGAAACAACGCGAGAAGCUACGGAAGCGGGAGCUUGAGCAGCAGCAGAAAGAGGCGUGCAAGGAAAGCACGGCAGAGUGAAGUGAAUUGUUAGAUCUCCGACCUCCCGCUUGACUGUAGCACCACACCAAGUAGCAUCUCAAGGAACAGAACAUCAGUAGGCCCGAUAAAUGAACCCUGAGGGACGCCUGCUCAGUAGUUCAAUAGUUCUCACUGGUGGAGCUACACACCCAACUGUCGGAGACCGUUGAGUGACUUUUUCACCAAGCAAGUUAAACCAAAAUAAGCCGUUGGAUAAUAGGUUCCUGCCCCGUUCAGUUGCCUCAUUUUACACCAUCCAGUUUUUUGGCCAUUUAAGAUUUUAUCUCAGUUCUAUUUAUUUAGCUGUUUAUUGCUGUAAAUUAGGUUUAUUUAUUCAUAUCCAGAAUAAGUCUGUGAAAAUUUCAUCUCAUCUAAUAUCAUGGAUACCAAUACAGUGUAAUUUCCGUUAUCCAUAAAAGCUCCCGUAGAGGAUCAUGUACAUGUAGAGUGAUAACUCAGAUUUGUCUAAUGUGCCAUUUCGAUAGACUUAUGUAGAUCCUGUUCAGAUACAUAGAUCAAUAAUGGCUCUAUUGCGACGAGGCUCAUACAGGUCUGUGAGGUGGAAAAAAUGAGGCAGUACUCAUCUCCCACCACUGGACGUCCCCAUGCUGCUGACUUUCACCGCUGAAGGAGGCAACACUGGAGCUUUCCAAUCGGAACUGACACGGGAAACAAACUCUCUCAGUACUUGCAAGAACACUGGAAGUGCAAACACUGUAAAUUGAACCUCUGCACUGGCUUGUCCAAUGCUCCUUACAGUAUACAUGUACCAUACUAAAGCAGUUCACAAAGUAUAAAGGACAAGGACUUACUGUAACUCAUUGGACUGGUUCUGAUGGAGACUUCAGGUACAAUGUAAUCAUGAAAUUUGUAACUUACCAAUCCUGUACCACAAAAACAAAACAAAAAAAGGUUCAAAUUAAACUUCCUGCUUAGAUGCAUAAUGUUGCUUUGACACAACUUGUAACCUGCUUUUGACCUCUUUUUGUAUUCUCUCUCAAUAACAAAAUAAUACCCCGCCACUGCCUUUAGAAAUUCUAGAGUAGUAGAAUUUUUCUGAACUGUACCCGCUUCAGUGUGAGUGUCCAAACAUAUACAGUAGACUAAACAUUUUCUAAUUUUUCUCUUCUUUUCUUUCAUAAACUUACAGGUCAAAGUUUACCUUGCAAAUUACUUAUAUUCUGAAUAAUAUUUAGGAAUGCUGCCAUAUAGACGAGUCAUCUCUGUGAUGGAUGACAGAUGCAGUCCAGAAAUCUUAAAGAUGAUCACGCUGAUACUACUGAUGUUACACUGGAAGUUGCACCUAAUAGAUGCAAUAUUGUUUUAAUUUUCCUAUGAAACUUGCUCAGUAAGACUUGAAACAUGUUGAUUUACUUGUUAGAUAUAACAGAAAUAUACCUUUUAAAUUAUUUUGACAUAUGUCCUUUAUGCAAAUACUUGUUUUAUGAUUAUGACGCUCACCGAGAGACAUGUUCCUUGUGUUACUUCUUUAGCAUUCCCAAGAAUCAUUCCGUAGGUUUACAGUAAAUAGAGAGACACCAGUGUCACCGUGAUCAAAAUGAAGGCAGCUUUGGUUAUAAUUCCCUUUUGUCUGAAGGGCCCUGCCUGGUGCACUGUUAACUGGUUAGAGCAAGAAAUAUAGUAGGGGUUACAGAUACCUCCACGCUAUCCCACAGUAAUACAGGUAUCUCUGAUCUAUUAAUGUUAUUAUUUAUUUAUUUCUGUAUUUAAUGAAACAACUGUUUAUGAUAACAAUAAGAUAAUUAUUAACACCUAUCAAUGAUUUUAUCCAGAAUUGUAUGAUUACUUCCUAUUGCCAAAACAUUCAUUAAAAGUCAUUUAGAUUCAAAUGUUUUUUAUCAAAGGAAGGCUUUAAAGUUUGGAAAUACUCCCCCACCGUGCUUGUGGUUUUUCCUCUAAAACAACCGUAGUGCUGCUCCAGUGCAACUUCAAUAAACUGCUCAUGAUUUGUUCUUAUGGAAUAUUUUGUAACCCUUGAACCUUUCUGUGAAUACCCCCCAACCCCAGCCCUGUCAGGUCAGUCCACCGACUGCACUCUUUUGAUUCUUUUGUAUGUAUAGUAAAACACAGAGAGCAAUUUGCUGAAAGAAUCCUAAAGAAGCCUUGUUUUCUAUCGUGACAGUAUGUGUGCACAGUUUGUCUGAGGGCUGAGGAGCUCAAAAGGUCACACAUGAGGCCAAAAUGUGUUUCUGGAUCUUUUACUGUGUGCUUGACUGAGCUUGUAUGGCAUGAUGUAACCAACGUAUGGAUGAGAUCCCUGGUGCUCCUGGCAGGCGUUUGAGUCAUGUCCGGAAGGGUUUGUCUUUCAUGUAUGUAGAGAACAAAAGAUAAUCACCACAAACUGCUAGCCAUGCUUUCACUCUUUUAAAAAGCUGUGCGGCUUAUUCUCCCUCCUCCUCCUCCUUUUUUGUCAUUACCUUGCACUCUUUUUUCGCAUUCUG